AUGGAUUCCAGGCGGGCAGCGGUGCUGCUGCUGGUGCUGCUGCUAACAGACUGGGGCUGUGCUGAAGGACCAGGGGGCCAAGACGAAGGACGGCAGAUCUUCGAGGAAGACAGCAGGCCCCGCCCGCUGCAGGAGGCCCAGACCCCUGGGUCAUUCCUGCACUCCCUGCUCCAGGCCAUGCAGAGACCCGGCCGAAGCUCAGCCUUUCGGUUUCAGCCCCAGAGGUUUGGCAGAAACACCCGGGGCUCCUGGAGCAGCGAGCAGUUGGGUCCCCGAGCCGGGGAGGAGCUCAGCGCCCCGUUCUGGAGCCUGGCUGCCCCUCAGCGCUUUGGGAAGAAGUGA